CCUGCCGGAAGCGACCGCCCGGCCGAGGUUUCGGUUGGCGGCGGGCGGGUGGGAGAUGCGCCCGCGAGCGAAGGGCGGGCGUUCGAAGGCAGCUCGGCGCCGGGGCUGAGCGGCUGAGGCGCCGCGCGGUCAUGGCCCCCACCAAGCCCUGGGGAGAGUGGUUCCUGGGCCUGCGGGUGCCGCCCGCCGGCGUCUUCGGGGUGGCCUUCCUCGCCCGGGUGGCCCUGGUUUUCUACGGCGUCUUCCAGGACCGGACGCUGCUCGUGCGGUACACGGACGUCGACUACCGCGUGUUCACGGACGCCGCGCGCUUCGUCACCGAGGGGCGCUCCCCGUACCUGCGGGCCACGUACCGCUACACCCCGCUGCUGGGCUGGCUGCUCACGCCCAACGUGUACCUGUGCGAGCUCUUCGGGAAGUUUCUGUUCAUCAGCUGCGACCUGCUCACCGCCUUCCUCCUCUACCGCCUGCUGCUCUUCAAGGGGCUGGGCCGGCGCCGGGCUUGCGGCUACUGUGUCUUCUGGCUCCUUAACCCGCUGCCCAUGGCGGUGUCCAGCCGCGGCAACGCCGACUCGAUGGUCGCGGCGCUGGUGCUGGCGACGCUGUACCUGCUCGCGAGGAGGCAGGUGGCGUGCGCCGCGGUGUCGUACGGCCUCGCCGUGCACAUGAAGAUGUACCCGGUGACCUACAUCCUGCCCAUCGCCCUGCACUUGCUCCCGGAGCGCGGCGGCCACCCCGGCGACCCCGGCCGGCCCCGCUGCCCCUUCCAGGCCCGCCUGUACGAAUUCCUCAAGAGGCUGUGCAGUCGGGCCGUGCUGCUCUUCGUCGCCGUCGCCGGGCUCACGUUUUUCGCCCUGAGCUUCGGCUUCUACCAGAAAUACGGCUGGGAGUUUCUGGAGCACACCUACCUGUACCACCUGACGAGGCGGGACAUCCGGCACAACUUCUCGCCCUACUUCUACAUGCUGUACUUGACCGCGGAGAGCCCGUGGAGCUUCUCCCUGGGCCUCGCCGCCUUCCUGCCGCAGUUCCUCCUGCUGUCGGCCGUGUCGUUCGCCUACUACAGGGACCUCGUCUUCUGCUGUUUCCUGCACACGGCCAUCUUCGUGACUUUUAACAAAGUCUGCACCUCCCAGUACUUUCUUUGGUACCUCUGCCUGCUGCCCCUGGUGAUGCCGCUGGUGAGGAUACGGUGGAAACGCGCCGUGGUUCUCCUGAUGCUGUGGUUCAUCGGGCAGGCCCUCUGGCUGGCUCCCGCGUACCUCCUGGAGUUUCAGGGAAAGAACACCUUUCUGUUUAUCUGGUUAGCUGGUUUGUUCUUCCUUCUUAUCAACUGUUCCAUCCUAAUUCAAAUUAUUUCCCAUUACAAGCAGGAGCCCCUGGCGGAGAGAAUCAAAUAUGACUAAUUCGGGCUCCCGUUCUGCCACUUCUAGUACAUUCCGAUGGUGCCGAAUGGGCCAGAAGAGAGCUUUGGAGACAUUUUUGAACGUCCUGUGCACGCUGGUGAAAGUUCAGUUGGGAGCAUGAAUCCCGGCCCCAAGGGAGAUUAAAACGAAUGGUUGCCUUGUAUAUAAAGGGGACUCAAUAAUUGAGGGCCACCUCUAGGAAAUCUUAGGCCUCAUUCAUCGGGAACACGAUGGGGAGGAAAGGUUACUUGUUUCAACACCGAAAGGCUGAUGAAACUAUCAGAUGCCAAAAGGUUUUUGAAGAAAAAUAGAGGAAUGUAGUCAGUCCCGGGGUCUAACCCGGUAUUCGUACCAGCUACACUGUGCUGCAGAGUCUAAAGCUGUCUUUUCUUUUCAACCCCCCACUUUUUCUUUUGAAAGCUUUCCCAAUAGCUGUGAAAACUCGCGGAAUGUUCCUAAAGUACAGCUUUUAGAUGUAAAGUGGUAAGUAUUAACUCUUGUGCUUAGGUUGGGAAAGUUCAUUCUGUAUUAAAAGUGGGGGCUUAGAAAAGAGCCCAAAGAAUUUAAACUGUAAUCAUGUUUCACAUGUCUGUUUCAUUACUUAGUUUUUCAGCACUUAGUCUCAUGGUAUUACACUACCAUUUGGUUUUAUGCAGAAAGGAUUAAAUUAAAAUUCACCCAUCUUUAAA